UGAUGAGUUCACAAAGAACGAAACAGUUAUCAUGGUUAUGCUGUCCGCAGAUUGAGUAACUAUUAAACUUACUUACUUGUACUUUGUAGUCACAGUAGUGAAUUGUUACUCGUACUCGUAGAUCUAGUCUCUUGAGCCAGUGGGCCGGUGAAGGAAAAUUCAUUGAGUCCACCUGCGCAUCGAGCCUAACGUGCCCGGUUGCCCAGCCAGUUUGUACUGUUCCCGAUCAUGUCGACAGCAGAGAGCGUGGCUCAAUACACGGUUGUCCUGUGCGGAGAUAGCACCGUCGGAAAGACAUCGCUAUGGUGCGCGCUGCAACACCUGCCCAUUCCGGAGAGUCCCUCCAACACUCCGGUGGCUGGUGAAUCGGUGGAGUGCGAGUACCGAGUGUGUCUAUCUACUGGCGACUGGAUCACGCUGAAGGUGGUCGAUACGGGUGGCGCGGAGAAGUACCAGACGUUCACACUGCACCGAUACCGGUACGGCUCAUGCGUGGUGUUUGUCUAUGCUAUCAACAACGAGACCAGCUUCACGGACAUUCCGAAGUGGGUGAGGGAGAGCCACAGGGCCGGAUUCCUGGAGAGCGGCUUUGCCAGCUUUCUGAUCGGCAACAAAACGGACGUUGACGAGCGCUCCGUGUUCCAAAGCUCUCAGCAUGCCCUGGCGCGGCAGAUGCAGCUAACAGAUUCGUUCGAGACGUCGGCCAAGUAUCAGCCGGAUCAAGUCCGAGCAGUGUUUGACACCAUUGCCGACAUGUUGCACUCUCGCUCAAAGGCAGUUCUCGGCACGUAGGCUUGCCGCAUGGCUGUGGCCAGUGGGCGGAGGACAGUGACGCAAUUACGCAACAGGCUCAGGCAUGUUUUGGAAGUGCCCGUAUGCCGGCUCGUCGCCACUUAUCUGCUAUGUGCCUCGGUUGCAUGCAGACAAACUCAGGGCCGGCAUCUGCUGAACUGGAGAGUGACUCGUAUAGGCCGACGGCUCGUGUUGGAUGCACCCCAGUACGGAGUUGAGCUGCGGAACAGAAGCCUUGGCAUGCUGUUCUAUUGGUACAGGCGAAUGCGAGGUGCUUGCACAUGCACUCGCUGUGUCACGCUGCUCCUGUGCUGUACGGUACAUGUGUAUGCGCUCCGCCGCACACGUGUGCGGUUGCUACCGCUCUGGACAAGUCGGUGCCGCAUGAUGGCGGAGAGUCCACCUCUGCAGGCAUAUGUGCAUCGGGCCGGCCAGCACACCGUCAGAAGUACUCGUACUGUCGUAGUACCCGGCCAGCUGGCAUUGUCCUCCGCUAGCAGCAGUGCGUCACCACACGGCGGCAUGGCUCACGCCCAUGCUGUGCAUCAAUCUUAUGUACACGCAUGCAUGCCGUAAAGUCUUGUAUAAAGGCCGCACUUGAAUAGAAGCCGCGCUCGAAUAGAAGCCGCAAUUUUGGGCCCAUCAAAUCACACAUACGCCUGGUUUUAGUGUCGACAUACAUAGAAAUACCUGUCUUGUAUAGAAGCCUGUCUCAUAUAGAACCCUGCAGAAUUUCACCAAGAAAGUCAUAGAAGCCGCGGCUUUUAUACAAGACUUUACGGUAUGUCAUACUACACUGUAUACUGUUUGCCAGAAGUUUGUCAACAGUGUAUCGCGGUAUUCAGAGUUCUGUCCAGCUUUGGUGGUAUUCACGGUAUCAUUCCAUUCGGUAGAAAUGAAUAUCAUUAUUAUUAAUACUUAUUUUAAGAAGACUCAGGCUGCUGACCGCAAACGGCUACAAUCAUCAGUAAAAUGGAGAUACAGAAAAUGCCGAGAGA